AUGGAAGGUGAUUCUGAAUCAUCUCAGGUUUUGCUAGAUCAGUAUAUGGGGCUUAAUUCAUUGGCGGAAUUCAUUGUUAAGAAGCGAAAUCUCCCUGAAAACACAGUCCAUGAACCUGCAUUCUUAGAAUCGUUAUCAUCUCUUUCCAAACAGUCUUUAAAUCUGCUUUCUUCUUCAUUAUCUCAAUUCAAAACUAAGCGCGAUAGUCUUAAUAGGAAAAUAGAAGAUUUUUCAUCAACAAAUUAUUCUGUUUUUUUAAAUAAGGCGGAAGCCAAUAAAGCAGUCUUAGAUGGUUGUGAAGUAAUCAAAUCGUCAAAUGAUUUGCUUCUUUCAAAAGUGCCUGAUUUGGCUUCUUCUGUUGAAGUUUUUAUGCAAAAUUCUUUCGAUCUGAUCAGAAAUUCAAAACUAAAUAUGAUUGCUCUUAGGAAGCACACUCAGAUCCUUGAAUUAUUAGAAUUACCCCAAUUAAUUGAGACAUUUUUAUUAAAUGGUUAUUUUGAUGAUGCCUUGCUGAUUUAUGCUCACGCAGAAAAAAUUAAAAAAAAGCAAACAGGUCGCUCACCUCUUAUUCAUCUGAUUGCGAACCAAGUGCAACGAGUUGGAAAUCAAUUACUUUCCUAUUUGUGUAGGCAGCUUUCUAUGCCAAUCAGUCUUUCUUCUUGUCUUAAGACAAUUGUCUAUCUACGGCGGAUGAAUAUUUUUAACGAGCAGGAGCUACGUCUCAAGUUUUUACAAGCAAGAUCUAUCUGCUUAAAUGAUCGUCUAACUGCUGCAUUAUAUCAGAAUACUUACUCGCCUCAGCUUGACUUCGAGCGGCCUCGAUCUUCUAGCACAAAUAUUAACUGUGAUAAAUCCAACUCAGGUGAUAUUGUAGAACUAAAUGAAUUCAAAAAUGGGCAAUCGAAUUUCCUGGAUUCAUCUAGCUCUAAAAGCUUUAUAAAAACUGAUCGUGCUCACUAUGAGGUUUACUUUCGAGCCACGCAUCGAAUCGAAGUUACAAGAUUGCAGCUUUUUGAUAUUGUCACCCAAUAUAGAGCUGUAUUUGCUGAUGAUGAGGGUCUCUUAGCUGGGCACAUCUCUGACAAAAAUUGCUCUACCCCACCUUUAUCGAUUUGGCAUCCACUUUUCGUAGAUUAUUCACCUUCUAGUCAUCUCUACCCGGUUUCAGAAUCUCUUUUUCUCCCUAGUACGUCAAUGUUCAUUGCUCGCUUCUACCGAACUUUUGUAGAUGUUAGUGCCAAUUAA